AUGAGGAAGCCAAUUUUAAUAGUUUGUUUAUUUUUUUCUUAUUUUUUUUUAUAUAUAUUCGCAAAAAAAAAUGACAUAAAUUAUGGAGGUAUAGGCAUUGAAAAGCCAUAUUCUUUCUUCACGUUUUUACAAAAAAAUAUUUUAGGUGAUAAGACAAAAUGGUGUAAUAAAAUAUUUAUAAAUAAAAAAAAAAAUUAUAAAAAUACGAAAAAUAUAUUUAAAAUAGAUUGUCAUAAUAAUUAUAGUCCCAAAUUAAUAAAGAUACUUUCAAAUCAAUUUUAUAAUUUUGUUUACAAAUUUGUUUAUGGGAAAUCUAUAAAAUAUCCAUCUUAUAUCAAUUCGAUUGGGUUCGAAUGGCAUUUACCCAAUGUAGAUAGACAAAUAUAUGAAUGGAAAACGGUUCACAAAAAAAAUGGGAUCAAUUCUUGUGAAAACCUGCAUCUGAAUAAUACACUUUGGAAUAGUUAUUACACUUUUAGAAAAAUGCGAAGAUUAGAUGAACUUGAAGACGACACUGAAGAUACUGAAGAUACUGCCGAUAGUGACGAUAGUGAUGAAGAUAGUGUUGAUGAAAAACCGGGUCCAGAAUCAGAUGUAGAACCCAGUGUAGAACCCAGUGUAGGAUCAGAUAAAAAACCACCUGAAGAACCACCUGAAGAACCAUAUGAAGAACCAGCUGAAGGGUUAGAGAAUGAUGUAAAUAUCGAUGAAAUAGAUGAAAAAUACGGACUAGCUAUCGAUAAAAAUAUAUUUUUAGAAGGAAGGAAAGGAAAUUUUACAGGAGAUUAUACAAAUAAUGACUAUGUAUGUGAUUUUAGAAACCAUAUAAAAGCAAGUGAAUCUAAAGAAACUGAAAGAGUAUGUGAAUUGAAAAUAGUAAAACCAAUAGCAAAUAUAAACAUAAUAUGUCCGACAAAAGAUUUAGAAAAUGAUGAAUUUGAAAAUAUAACAUAUUUUCCUAAAAGAGCUCCAUAUGUUGUUUUAGAACUAACUAAACAAACAGAAAAAGAAAACCAAACAAAAUUAAAAGAAAAAAAAAUAACUGAUUUAUUAUAUGGUACUAUCAUACCUAAAAUACAUAAUGGAAAAAAUAAUAAUUUAAAUCGAGGAUCUAUAAGAUUUAUACUACCUCCAAUUGUUGUUAAAAAUACAACCUUUUAUAUAAUAUGUGAUAAUUCAAAAUCCAAAAAAAAUUCAUUUAAAGGAAAAAAAGGAAUUGUAAAAAUACAGGUUACACCUUAUGGUAAUAUUGAAAAAGGAUGUAACUACAGUAAAAACAAAAAUCAUUUAUUUGGAAUAAAUAUAAAUAAUUAUGAUAAAGAAACAAAAAUAGAUGAAAUUGAAAAAAGAAAAGGAAACUUUCCAUGUUUUUUUCAAUUAAAUGCAGGAGAAGCUGGAGGUAUUAUUUUUCCAGAAAAUUAUAAGUCUACUACAUGUUUUGAAGAAGUAAUAGAAUAUAAUAUUAAUAAAAAAUGGGAUAAAAAAAAAAAAGAAAUAAAUGAACUAAUAAAUGGUGCUAUAGUAUAUAAAAGUGAUAUAAACUAUAAAUAUUUUAAUGCAAUAUAUAUUGGGAUACCUACUAGCUAUAGAAAAUCAUUACAUAUUUUUUGUAACAUUACAACAACAGAUAAUAUUGUUCAUAUGGUUUAUCUAAGUAUCAAUCAAGAGAUAAAUAUAUCUGUUUUUGAUUUAUUUGAAUCUUUAAUACGAUUAAAUAAAAUAACAGAAGUAGCUCAAAAAGUUGAUAAAAAAAAAGAAUACAUGUGUGAUUUUACAAAAAGAUUAGAUGCACCACAUGAUAAUAAUGAAAAUAAUAAAAAAGUUAUUAUAUGUAGAAAAAAACUAAAAGAAUUUGAUAUAUUUAGAUUAAAAUGUGAUUUUAAUAAAACCAAAAAUAAAAAUAUUAGUAUGAUUCCAAGUUCAUUAAUGGAAAAUCAACAUGUACUUAAAUUAGACUUAGAUGUACAAUUCUUACUUUUAAAAUUAUAUAUGAAAUUAAAUUCAAAAUUACAUAAAUAUGUACAUGAAUAUCCACCCUUUUUGAUUUUUCCAUUAAAUAUAAUUAGUAGAUUAGAAUUGAAAAAAAAUAUAAUAUUUAAAAAUCAUAAAUAUGGAAAAUAUUUUAAUGAAUCUCCUAAUAAAGAUGGUUUAUUAGUAAAUUUAUUAACAUACUUAAAUUCAUUAGAUGUAUUACCUAUGAAUACAGGAAUUGAAUCUAUAAAUUUAGAUGUAAAUGAUUCUGAUCAAAAUAUUGUAGAUAUCUCAUUUCAAGUACCAGCCUAUAUAUAUAAUACCAAUCCAUACUAUUUUGUGUUUGGAUGUAAUAAUACCAGAGAUAAUGGGAGAAUCGGUAUUGUUGAAUUAAUUAUUUCAAAAAAUGAAGAAACAAUAAAAGGUUGUAAUUUUCAUUCUGAUGUUAUAGAAUUUUUUUCAAAUAACAUGAAACCUGAUGCAAACGAAUGUAAAAUAGAUGCAUAUCCAAAUGAUAUUAUCGGUUUUAAUUGCCAAAAAAACCAACAUAUGAUUUCAUACAAGCAAUCCCUAGAUAUAGAUGCAGAUUUAGAUGCAGAUUUAGAGAAUGUGGCCGUCAUCCCAAAUGAUUGUUUUGAUUCUAUAAGUAUAGGUUCUAAUAAAAAAUAUAUAGUGAAUGAAUUGCCAGGGGCACAAACAUACCGUAGCAAGUUAAGAAGUAUGCCAAGGUAUUUUAAAGUACCAUAUCAUAACAAUGAAUUAGAUGUUACAUUUCACUGCGAAUGUACAGUAGGUUCUAAAACUAAUAAAAUAAUAAUAACUGUGAAAGCCUUAAAUGGCCAAAUCUCGAAAAAAUAUGAAAAAAGUGAAAUAAAAAGUAGCCCAUCAAUAGUAGAUGGUCCUGUAUAUGUUUGUCCUCAUAAACAAGCUAUAGAACCAAAGUUAAUAAAAUGGAAUAUUAAAGAUACUGAAACUAUAGAUAGUUGUAAAAUAGAUGUAAACAGAUUCUAUUCGUAUGCUCAAUUAACAUGUCCAAACAAUAAUUUUUCUAUGCAUAGUAAUAUUCAGUUAACUUACAAUAUAUUAAAACCCAAUAAAAUAGAUGAAUAUAAAACUUUUAAUGAAUCUGAAUUAAAUAAGCUAAUUCCACAUUCAGAAAUACUUGUAGAUGUAGUAGAAUCAAAUAAUGAUAUAAAUGUAGAUACUUAUAAUUUAUAUCUAUUUUUUCCAUAUUACAUUAAAGAAAAUUAUGAAAUUAACGUUGUUUGUGAUAAUACUAAUACAAAAUAUGAAAACAAACAAGGAGGGAAAUAUAUUUACAAUAUUAAAAUUCCCAAAAGGGGAAAGAAAGUUAAAGGAUGUAAUUUUAAUUCAAAUAAAAAAUCUGAAAUGUUCGAAAAUGGAGAAAUCAUAAAAAUUGAUGAAAAUACUAAUACAUGCAAAAUAGAUGUAAAACCAAAAGAUGUAAUAGCUUUUGAAUGCCCACCUGAAACGAUAAAAAUUACUAAUUGUUUUAAAGAUGCUAUAAUAGAUAAUAAAUUAACUAAUCUAUCAACAGUUUUACAAUUAAAUAAUAAUAUAUCUUCUUGGACCUAUGGUCAUAAAACAAGUUAUAUAGAAAUUCCUGCAGUCAUUGAUAUAGAUGCAACGUUAAUUUGCAUCUGUGUUGGUUUAAAAAAAAUCUAUGAUAUAAAAUCUGUAUUUAGUCCAAAAUUUUUAAAUGAAAUAUAUAAAAAGUUAGGUAUUGUAAAUGAUAUUUAUACUAAACCUAUAUUAUCUCAUAAAUCAAUUAAAUAUAAUAGUAAACUUUUUGAAAAAUAUAAAGAAAAUAAAAUAGGCAAUUUUUUUGAUUUUAUAAAAAAUACCAAAAUAUCUGAACCCGAUUCAGAUCCACAAAUUGUUAUAGAAAACUUAUUUAUAGAACAUUUUGAUAAAUAUACAUCUACUAUAAAACAAGAUGAAUAUUAUCUAGAUAAAUAUGCAUUAUUAAAUGGAUUUGAUGUUUGGGAAAAUACAUAUGAUAACGUUUUAGAAGAAACUAUUAUAAAAGAUAUAGAAUCAUUUGAAAAAAAUAAUUUUAAAAUAUAUACAUUAGAAGUUAAUUUAAAAUCAUCAAAAUUAAUUAAACCAAUUAAACUUACAGAUAAUAAAUAUGUUUGUGAUUUUUCAAAAAACAAUUUAAUUGUUCCAGAAAACGAAAUUGGAAAUAUACCACAAGAUGUAAAUUGUUAUACUAUACUAUCACCAUUAGAUACUUUAUAUGUUAAAUGCCCAACAGUUAAAUCAAAAUAUCCAGAAGCUGAACGGGAAAUUGAGGAUGAAGAUGAUGAAUAUGAAAAGGAGAUUAUAGAGCUAAUAGAUAGAUUAGAUGUACCAGAAACAGAAUCAGAUGUAGAAACUGAUCCCAAUGUACUUCUAGACAAAGAAACAUACACAAAGUACUUCAAUAAACUAACACUAAAACCAAAAUCAUUCUUCAACUCAGUAACAAAUUAUUUAUAUAAUGUGGAAGAAAAAACUGAAACAGUGUUAAAAGGAGCUAUAUUUACAGAAAUGAAAGUAUUAAAAAAAAGUAACCCAUAUAUAUCAUAUGCAUCUAUAAUUAUACCACCAUAUAUUGAAUCAAAUGAAAUAUUAAAAGUAGAAUGUGAUAAUACAGGAUAUAAAGAAGGUGGAAAUAUUGCUGGAUAUAAUGGAAUAGCAUAUAUCGAUUUAUCUAAACAUAAAUCCAAAAUAAAAGGAUGUGAUUUUACUCAACAUGAAAGCACAAUUUUAACAAAAGGCACAAAAUCAGUAGAAAAAGAUGAAACUUGUAAUAUAGAUGUAUAUAGUAAUGAACCUUUUGGUAUAAUGUGUGGUUCUACUUAUAGUUUAGAACCUAAAAAUUGUUUUUAUAAAAUUUAUGAUAAAAAAAAUAUUGUUAAAAAUUUUAAAGAAUUAAUACCAAAUGUAAAUAUUCUAUCACUAACAAAUUCGAAACAAGUUGUUGCAUAUGCAAAAGUACCAAGUAGCUACAUGUAUAAAUUAAAUUUUUCAUGUAAAUGUAAAGGAAAAUAUGAUAAAGAAAAAACUGUGAAUAUAGUACUUAAUAAUGGAGAACUAGAAUAUGAUGAUUUAAAUAUUGUAGAUUCAAUAAAAGCUAAUAAUAUAAAUUUAUGUAAUUUUUUUGAAAAUAAUGAAUUAUCUCUUCUUAACACAUCUAAUAAAAUAGUCUUAUGUAAAAUGAACCCAGAUUUAUUUUCAGAAGUAAUUGCACUAUUCCCUAUAUUAGGAGAAGAAAAUUCUGAACAGCCAAAAUAUAAAAAAUAUAAUACAACACCAGAAUUAGAGAUUGAUAAUAAUAUACAAUUUAUUGGAAGCGACAAAAUAAACCAUACCAUAUCUUCUAUAUUAAAAGGAGUAAUAGGAAAUAGAAUAUUUAACUUUAAAAAAAUAAAACAAACAAUUGAUGGACAAACUAAAGGUAUAGGAUUUUCUUUUUUUGUACCUCCGGUUGUAGAAAAUAUUAAUUUAAAAUUCCAAAUUAAUGAAAAGACAGAUGUAGAAUCUGUUUUGAAACCAAGAGGAUUAAUUUAUAUAUUUAUUAAAAAAAAUGUUGAUCCAAAUAUAUUAAAAGUAUGUGAUUUUACAUCAGGAAAAAUAAAUCUAAUUGGAAGUAAUGUUCAUAAUUUAGAAAAAAUAUGUAAUAUAAAUAUAAGAGGAGGAGAUAUAUUUGGAAUAAUUUGUCCCAAAGGAUUUACUCUUUUUCCUAAAGGGUGUUUUAGUAGUGUUAUAUUAGAAUACUAUAAUAAUUUUAACAAUGAAAAAUAUGAAAAUAUUAUGAACAUAAAAAAUUAUAUGAAUUCUGUUCAGGAAAUUAUAUAUAAUCCAAAACCAAACGAAAUUAAACAACUAUUAGAUCAAGGAUAUAAUGAUUUAGAAGAUAUGGAAAAUUUUUCAAAUUUUUCAAAUAUUACAGAAAUAUUAAAAUUUAAAAAUUAUAAUAUGGGAAAUAUGAAAUGGAAUUAUAAUAAAUAUAAUUCUUCUUCAUAUUCACAAGUUCCAGAAUCUUUUGAUACUAUUUUAAGAUUCUCAUGUAAUUGUUAUAAUCCCCAAAAUGAAAUAUCUGGACUUAUGACAGUUCAAUCAGAAAAUAUAGAUUUAGAAAAUAAAAAAACAGAACAAGAAACAAUAUAUGAAAAUAAUAUUAUUUUACCAUAUAAAAAUAAAGUAAAUAAAAAUCUAGAAACUGUUUCUAUAGAUAAAAAUAAUUAUUAUGAUAAUCAAAAUGAUGAUUAUUUUUAUAAACCUGAUAAUAUCAUUGAAAAGUCUAAUCACUAUAUAUGUGAUUAUUCUGAUGAUGUAUUUUUUAAUUUUAUUGAAAAAAAAAUUAAAAGAAAUAUUUGUAAAAUAAAUGCAAAUAAAUUUGAUAUGAUAACUGUUAAAUGUCCUUACACCAAAAAUAUUAAUUCACAUCAAAUCGAGAAAGAACAAACUGUCUCUACUAAUAUUGAAAACAGAAUCAUUAUCUAUUUUGAUGAUACUGAAUAUGUUACAUAUUUUAAUGAAACAGAUAAAACAGUUUCUAUAAAAGAUAUUUAUUUAAAAAAUUUUUAUGGAAGAACAAAAGAAGAAUUACAAGAAUUAAAUAUAUUAUCAGUAAAUUCAGAAAAUAAUAAUAUUUAUUACCCUAAAAAUAUAUUAAAUGAUGUUAUAAUAAAUAAUAAAAUUGUAAAAUUACAAAAAGCUUUACCUGGAAUUAUUUUUUUAAAUAAUAAGACAGAAGAUAAUUAUGAAAAUAACCAAUUACAAACUGAUGGUGAAUCUACAUUUAUAAUACCUCCCUUUAUAAAAAAAGAUUUUCAUUUUCAAAUUAUUUGUGGAAAAUAUAUAAAAGAAAAUUCUAAGGAAAGUAUAUCUCUUGGAAUUGUGUAUAUAAAUAUAUCAGCUAAUUUAAAUCAAAUAAAUGGAUGCGAUUUUAUUAACCCAGAAAAUAGUAGUGAUUCUAUUUUUAUUCAUAAAAAAAAUGAAACAAACAAUUUAAUAUGUGAACUUGAGUUAAUCCCUAAUAGAAUUGUAGGAAUAAAUUGUCCUAAUAAAAAAUUAAAACCAGAAAAUUGUUUUAGUCAGAUGUAUUAUAUUAAUGAAUCUGAAUUUAAGGAAUCUAUUGAAUUAUUCAAUGAUUCUACAAAUAAAAUUGAUAUCACAAAUAUUAUAAAAAAUGCAGUGUCAAUAAAUAAUAUAGAAAGAAGUAAUAAUACAUACUCCUAUUUAAUAUUACCAAAUUAUAUAGAUUUAGAUGCAAAUAUUGAUAAACUAUUUAUUUGCAUAUGUAAUGAUAAAUAUAUUGCAAAAAUAAAAACUGAUCCAGAAUCUAUAAAAGCAGAAAAUAAACAUAAAACUGAAGCAAGAUAUUGUGACUAUGAUUAUAUCAAUAAAAUAUCUAGAUGUAACAUUAUGGAAGGAAUGGAAACUACUGUAUCUGAUAUAAAUUCAGCAGUUAUAACAUAUUAUUCUAGCUUAUCUAGAUGGGAUAGAUUAAUAAUUAAAUAUCCUACAUCUAACAAAUUCCAAUUUGAAAGCAGUUUUGUGAAUCCAUUCAAUUUAAAAGAAAAAGUUUUAUAUAAUAAUAUGCCAACAUAUAUCGAUGAUAUAUUACCAGGAGCUAUCAUAUAUAAUAAAUAUGAUGCACGAACAAGAUUAAUUGAAUACACAUUAAGAAUCCCUCCAUAUGUACCUAAGCAUAUUCAAUUUUCAAUCGAAUUUAAUAAUAGAUAUACACUAACAAAUUAUAAUGAAGAACGUGUACAAGGAAAUAUUGCUUAUAUUAAUGUAGAUGUGAAUCAAGGUUAUAAAGAAAUAAAUGGUUGUGACUUUACAGGAAAAUAUCCAAACUUGUUUACUAAAUCAUUUAAUUCUAUAACAGAUAAAACUAAAGAAUGUACAAUACAUUUUACAACCAAUAAUAAAUUUGCGGGAUUUGCAUGUCCAAGUAAUUAUAAUAUAAAACCAAAUAACUGUUUUGCUAACAUUUAUGAUAAUAAAGAUUCACAAAAAGUUAAAAAAUUAUCUGAAAUAUCAACCAAUGCAGAAUAUGAUUAUAUAAAAUAUAAUUCUAAAGGAUAUACACUUUCGUAUGUUACAUUCAAUAAUGAAAAUAAAGAACAAAAUAUUUCAUGUCAAUGUGUUGGACAAGAUUCAACUUAUACUAUUAAUAUUAUUUUUGAACCCUUUUCACCACGCCAACCUAUGAGCGUAUUACGUCCAUUCAUACAAUAUGUUCAUUUGAAAUCGGGCAAAUUCAGUAAAUACUUAAGAAGAAGUAAAUGA